AUGGAGAAGCCUUUUCUUUGCGCUUGUGGAGUGUCAUUUUCAGCAGAUGAAACCUUGAAAGCUCAUAAACAAUAUUACUGUAAGAUGGUGGAGAGAAGAGAUGACAAUAAAGAGCCACCAAAAAAGAUCAAAACCAGAUGCAGUCAAUGUGACUACGAGCCAGGUUCCCUCUCACAACUAUCCGUGCAUGUACGAACUGUACAUAACGAGGUACAAGCGUAUGUAUGCCGACUCUGCGGUUACCGAGGAUUCAGUCUUCGAGGAAUUCGAAGCCACAUGAGGUCACAUUCCGAGCUAGACGCUAUGAAAUUCGAAUUUCUUCUAGCAAAUCAUAUAUCAAAAGUGAAAACAGAACGAAAGACUCCUGAUAAUCAAGAAAACAUGGAUCAAGACAGUUGA